AUGAUACCAGUUCCAGAAGAGUCCUCGAGAGAUGAACAGAGAAAUGCAGGUCAAGCUGUUGAAGUAGAUAACAGAGAAAUGCGGGAUUUUGUUAGCACUCCAACAAAUGAAUCACCAAGCGCAAUCUGCAAUGGGGCAUAUCAAAAAGGAUUUAGGUUGAAGAUGCUCACACGGUUUAGCUUAAGAUCGACAGAGGCUCAGCGUCAAAUAGUCUGUACUUACACACUUACUAUAACAGAUGAUCCAAGCAGUUUAGCAGGACAAUUGUUGGGCACAUUUUCAGAUGUCAUAUCGAGUGGCAGACAAUAA